AGGAGGGAAUAUUUAGAGUAGAAGUUUUCGAGGAGGUGCUGGACGAAUUUGGAGGGGACGAGAGUUUGGAGGUCGGCUAAGGGUUUAUUGGUGAUUGGUUAGAAGGUGCGAAGAGAUAAAAAAGGCUUUUGCUUUUUCUUGGUUUUAAUUAUUCGUUCGUGAGAGGCAGCAAAAGACGAAAGCCGCAGCCACGUUCUUAGUUUUAGAAUCAUCAGCAAAACUGCAAGCCAAUUCUCAAGAUAUCGUCAGUUAGAGAUCCCCCCAAGCAGCAUCUAAAUUAUUUACUUGACCAGCAAUGGUUAAGUUGGGUAAUUUAUCACUACGGCCUUGGACUCUUUACCAAAACAGCAGGAGGAGAAAAAGGAAAUCCAAGGAUUCGGGUGAAUUAGAAGCGAAUAAAGCCUACAAAAAGAACAAAAAUUCCGCACGAGCUCAGUUUGACAAAAAGAAGGAAGAAUCCAUACUGAAAGCUAAAGCGGCUCAGUUUGACAACAACAGGAAGGAAGAAUCCAUACUGAAAGCUAAAGCGGCUCAGUUUGACAAAAACCAGUCAGAUUUCAAAUUAACUAUGGAUGAAGAAAAGACUCGUAUCAACAUUGUGGUCAUUGGACACUAUAAUUCUGGGAAGUCAACGACCACAGGUCACUUGCUCUACAAGCUCGGUGAAAUAGACAAGUUAGUGAUUGAAAGGUAUGAGAAAGAGGCUGCUGAGAUGGACAAAAGCUCAUUCAAAUAUGCUUGGGUGUUGGACAAGCUCAAGGAAGAGCGUAAACGUGGGAUCACUAUUGACAUUUCUUUGUCAAAGGUUGAGACCACUCGCUAUAUAUGCACUGUCACUGAUGCCCCUGGGCAUCGUGACUAUAUUAAGAACAUGAUCACUGGAACCUCCCCGGCUGACUGCGCGAUUCUCAUUAUUGACGCUACUUUUCCUGCUUAUGAAUAUGGAAUGACCCUUGGACAGACACGUGAUCACACUUUGCUUGCAUUUACACUUGGUGUCAAGCAGAUGAUUUGCUGCUGCAACAAGAUGGAUGCUACUUCACCCAAAUACUCGCAAUCUAGGUUCCAUUAUAUUGUCAAACAAUUGACUCCCUUCUUUUGGAAAGUUGGAUAUAACUCUGAUAACAUCUCGUUUGUCCCAAUUUCUGGUUUUGAGGGCGAGAACAUGACCGAGAGGUCACCUAACCUUCAGUGGUACACGGGUCCAACUCUACUUGAAGCCAUUAACCAGAUCAAUGAGCCAAAAAGACCAUCUGACAAGCCUCUUCGCCUUCCCGUACUUGAUGUCUAUAAGAUUGGUGGCAUUGGAACUGUGCCAGUGGGACGUGUUGCAACUGGUGUGAUCAAGCCAGGUAUGGAGGUCACUUUUGGCCCAAUUGAUUUGACAACUGAAGUCAAAUCUGUACAGUUUCACAACAAAGAACUGCCUGAGGCAUUGCCAGGAGACUUUGUUGGUUUCAACGUUCAGAAUGUUGCUGCUAAGGAUCUUAAGCGUGGGUAUGUUGCUUCAAACUCUAAGGAUGACCCUGCAAAGUGUGCUGCUAGUUUUACAUCUCAUGUAAUCGUCAUGAACCACCCUGGUAAAAUUAAAAAAGGGUAUGCACCAUUGCUAUGUUGCCAUACUUCUCACACUGCUGUUAAGUUUGCUGAACUUUUGACCAAGAUUGACCGGAGGACUUUUGAGGAGCUUGAGGCGGAACCCAAGUUCUUAAAAAAUGGUGAUGCUGGAAUGGUGAAGAUGGUUCCAAUAAAGCCGCUGGUGGUUGAGACUUUCUCCGAGUAUCCUCCAUUGGGUCGGUUUGUUGUAAGGGACGUGAGGCAGACUGUUGCUGUGGGCGUGAUCAAGAGCGUGGAUAAGAGGGAUGCAACUGGGUGAAUGGUCAUAUGAAUAAUUUGAAACUUAGUUGUGACAACAAUUUUCUUCAGAUGUUUAGUACUUCUUGGUUGGUCUUGUGGGCAUGGUACGAUGGUGGUUCUGAAAUUCUUUCGGGACCAUACUUGGGUGCUUGAUUGGCGGAGGCAUUGUUUUUGGUACCUUCAUGACUUCAUGUUUAUUCUAGGUAUGACAACUAUUGACAAGUUAAUGUCUAGUCUUUUGUUUCCUUCAUUUUGGGGAGUGUUAUAUUCACCACAGGAGUCUGUGUUCUUUGUGAAACGUUUACAGCCUUUGUGGUAGACCACAGGAGGCUGUUUCUUUUCCAAAUCUUUGUACAAAACCAAAGCAUCGCAAAUUCAUAUUCACAAAUACCAUAUUUAUCAUUUACUGUA